GUGUAAGCUAUUGUUUAUUGGCUGAGUAACGUAACUUUUAUUUGUUGUGUAGUUAAAUCAGCGAGGCUGUAAACUCACUGCUAACGUAAUAACCAUUGACAUCUUAUAAUGGUACGCAGCAUCGAGCGCUACUGCCUACUGGCGCAGACGUGACGCGGGGCCGCCAUCUUGGAGUGGUGAUCCGCUCCUCUGGGCAAUUCAUUUGGCAGGAGCAAUUAACUGUCACCACAUUUAAUUCAUAUUACCUCACUGAAUACCAGAGGUGUGGACUCGAGUCACAUGACUUGGACUCGAGUCAGACUCGAGUCAUGAAUUUGAUGACUUUAGACUCGACUUGACAAAAUGUAAAAAGACUUGCGAAUCGACUUAGACUUUAACAUCAAUGACUUGUGACUUGACUUGGACUUGAGCCUUUUGAAUUGACAUGACUUGACGUGACUUGCUGCUUUCCCUAAAACCCAAAGAUUAAAAAGUUAUUCGGGAGCGCUUCGUAGUUUUCAUUGUGUACCUGUCUAUCAGCGUUGCGUGUGUCUGCGUGUGCGCUGUCAGUACAACAGCCAAUCAAAUUAUAUCUACGUUAUUUUCAUCCCACAGCCUUUCAUCCAAUCAAAUUGCAGGUACACCAACGAAGAAGAAUGUCCAAACCACACGCUAGUGAACAAAAAAAAAAAAGAUAUUUAAAAUAAUUUCGUUUGGGUAUAAAAAUUACCAGGUGGUCAACACAAAACGGUUUGCAGUAUGCAGCACAUGCGGCUCGAAAAUUACUGAUGGAGAGGCAACAACUUCCAACUUCGUCCGACAUUUGAAGUUGCACAAAGAACGAUUUCAAGAAUACCUGAUGAACAAAAGUAUCGCAAAUAAACCACAACAGCCUUCAAUCUCGCAGUUCCUGGACAAUCGUUUCGGGCAUUACAGUAUGACUCAUCCACAGCAGAAAGCUAUCACCAAUGCAAUACUGUCUGACUUGAUUAUUGAUUGCAACUUGCCCUUGUCUAUUGUGGAAAACAAGAGUUUUCGCCACUCUCUGACAGUACUUGACAGCAAGUACAGCCCAGUGUGUCGCAGAACACUGACAUCAAAAACAGAGAACCUCGCUGAAGAAAGGUGAUCAAAAUUAAAAACUCAAAUUGAGCCACACUGACCAUGUUUUAGUGACUGUGGACAUUUGGUCUGACCGAAAGAUGAGGGGAUUCCUCGGUGUCACUGUGCACUGGAUGGACAAAGAGGCAGAGAGGAUACAGCUCAAGUCCAAUCUCUUGGCUUGUGAGCGCUUCAAAAGCUCACAUACAGCUGAACGAAUCUGUGACAAAUUUGAGGCAAUAUGUGAUGAAUACAACAUUAAAGCUAAACUGGACUACAUUAUUAGUGACAACGCUGCUAACAUGCGAAAAGCAUUCACUGUGUGCUUCCCCAGUGAACAAGAGGAUGACGAUGAUGGAGAUCAUCUUGAUGACCCUGAGCUCUGGUGUGAUUUAACCGUGGAAGAUCAGCAAACGGUAGAUGUUGCUAUGGCAAAGAAAAAGCGCUUGCAAUGUUUUGCGCACACUCUUCAGCUGGUGGUGGGAGAUGGUUUGAAAGAAACAAAAGUGGUAUCUCCUUCUCUUUCGAAGUUAUCUAAACUCAGCUCACUGCUGCACACAAGCACAACAUUCAAAGAUGUGUUUGAUGCUGAAUAUGGGGAACAUAAAGGCAUCCCUACUGCAGUCAACACAAGAUGGAACUCAACACUGAGGCAAGUGAAGGCUGUUCUCCAGUGCGAUCAUGUAAGGCUCUGUGCUGUUGUAGAAAAGGCUGGGCACAGGGAGUUGUCAUUCACAGCAUGGGAAUGGAAUCUGUUGAAAGAUUUGGUGGACAUCUUGAAGCCAUUUGGAGAAGCAACUGAUUUGACACAGGGGGAGAAGGUCAUCACAAUCAGUGCUGUUGUUCCAUCCAUCUUGUCCCUCAACUACCACCUUGAGAAACUGAAGCCUCAGGUCUGUUUCCUGAGCGGCCUGGUCAGAAGUCUCCAGACAUCCCUGAACAAAAGAUUUCUUGGAAUUUUCAUCAAUGUGAAAAUGGCCAGGACACAAGAUGGGAUCACUGCUCCCUUUUCAGAUCCAGUCUACCUCAAAGCUGCUGCCUUGGAUCCAGCCUUUUCGCUGUUGUGGGUGGAGCCCCAAUGUGCUGGUCAGUCGUGACGUCAAGGCAGAGGUGGCACAACAGGUUAAAGAAUUGAUCCUGCAAGAUGCUGCAGAGACUGAGCAACCUGCCCCUCUUGUUGAUGAAGAAGAGCAAAGGGACCUUGGAGAAGGAGAAGGGCUGUUUGCUGCCUACCACAAGAGACAGAAGAAGGAUGUUGGGACUAGUCCAGCACUACAGCUAAGUCACUACCUUGACAUAGCUGAAGGACAGAAUGGCCUUUUGUUCUGGGCAUUGAACAUGAAGACUCUUCCUUCACUGUUCCGAGUGGCCAUGAGAGUCUUGGCAGUGCCGGCCUCCAGUGCUCCAGUGGAGCGAGUUUUCAGCCAUGGUGGCAUCAUACUACGCCCCCAUCGUGCACAAAUGACUGACAAACUCUUGGCCAAUUUGGUCUUUUGCAAAUGCAAUGCAGCAUAGGGUCCUGACAUAUAAAAAGUACAACUUUUUUUUUAUGUUCACAUAUAUGUCAUGUUUUUUUCAAUGUUAACACGUUUGUACAAAUAAGUACAGCUGCACUUUAUUUUUCAAAUGUGUUUAUUCUGUAAAGGAAUGGGUCAAAUGUUUAAAAUGACUGGUUAAUAGUGCUAAUAUAAAGUGCAAUGUCAGCACAAUUUUCUUUUCUGCAAUUUAAAAUGCACUUGUUUUAAUAAAUAAAUGCAGCGUUUGAAAAGCAGACACAUUCUGUGUUAAUAUAUUAGUCUGUGGUUAAAAAGACUUGAAAGGACUCGAACCUCAAAAUGCAGGACUUGGGACUUGACUUGAGACUUUCCAGUCUUGACUUUGGACUUGACUCGGGACUUGCCUGUCUUGACUCGAGACUUGACUCGGACUUGAGGGCAAAGACUUGAGACUUACUUGUGACUUGCAAAACAAUGACUUGGUCCCACCUUUGCUGAAUACCACUGAUACUCACGCGUUUUUUGUCAUACGUGUAAUUAUGAUAAAGGACACAUGUCUUGGCGUGUUCAUAAUUUGCUUAACAGUAAUAGAAUAUUCUUAUAUACUAUAAGUGACCAGACGUCUGAGAUCAAAACUGGGAAUAUAAUCCCAGAGAAGGGGGGGGAAAAACAGUCAGCUAUUUCUAAGUUAAAGAAACAAUAUGAUUAGGUUAUAUAUACAUGCGUAUAUCCUACAUAAACAAUGUAUGAAUACAUUAGAUAUCUAUAUAUCUUAUGGACCUAUAGACCAGUGGUUCUCAAAUGGGGGUACUUGGAGGUAUGCCAAAGGGUAUAUACAUGAUAUAUUUUUUAAAUAUUCUAAAAAUAGCAAUAAUUCAAAAUCCUUUAUAAAUAUAUUUACUGAAUAAUACUUCAACAAAAUAUGAAUGUCAGUUCAUAAGGUGUGAAAAGAAAUGCAACAAUGCAAUAUUCAGUGUUGACAGCUAGAUUUUUUGUGGACAUGUUCCAUAAAUAUUGAUGUUAAAGAUUUCUUUUUUGUGAAGAAAUGUUUAGAAUGAAGUUCAUGAAUCCAGAUGGAUCUCUAUUACAAUCUCCAAAGAGGGCACUUUAAGUUGAUUACUUUUAUGUGUAGAAAUCUUUAUUUAAAAUUGAAUCACUUGUUUAUUUUUCAACAAGUUUUUAGUUAUUUUUACAUCUUUUUUUUUCAAAUAGUUCAAGAAAGACUACUACAAAUGAGCAAUAUUUUGCAGUUAUACAAUUUAAUGAAUCAGAAACUGAUGACAUAGUGCUGUAUUUUACUUCUUUAUCUCUUUUUUCAACCAAAAAAUGCUUAGCUCUGAUUAGGGGGUACUUGAAUUAAAAAAAUGUUCACAGGGGGUACAUCACUGAAAAAAGGUUGAGAACCACUGUUAUAGACUUGUACUCUGUUGCUGCAACAGCAGAGAGUUUAUUCUGUCUUGACACUUUGUAUUGAUAUUUUCUAUUACAUUAUUCCCUUAAAUGAUCAUGUUUACAGUGAUUGUUUUUUAUGUAUUUUUCAUGUAUGUUGCUUUGGAUGAAAGUGUCUGCCAAAUACUUAAACAUAUAUAAACACCUGAAAGUCUUUAUUUCAGCUAAAACCACCAAUCUGUUUCACUGGAUUCAGAAUAAAACCAAAUUCUGUCUUACCCAACAAAGUUAGUAUUUGAAUAUUGUUACUUGAAGACUUAUCUGUGGUUACAAUAAAAUCAGAAUGCAUCAUAA